AUGUCGAAAAAUUUGAUCGGCGAGAAGGCGGUUGUGAGGAACACUGAUAUGGAUGAAUCAAUGCAGACUUUGGCCAUUGAGUUGGCUGCUGCUGCAUUAGAAAAGUACACACUUGAAAAGGAUAUUGCGUCACAUAUCAAAAAGGAAUUCGAUAUUCGAUAUGGUGCUACUUGGCAUUGUGUUGUUGGUCGUAAUUUCGGCAGUUAUGUUACACACGAAGUGCGCAACUUUCUUUACUUCUACAUUGGUUCGUUGGCUUUUCUUCUUUUUAAAUCCGGUUAA